AUGACUUACAACUUGUACAAGUUUCAUUUAAUUUAUUUUUAUAAUGUUAAGAAAUCCGUUUCUACGAAUUUUCAAAUAAAUUGGUACAAAAACAUUGAGAAAAUUAAAAACAAGUAUGAAGAUGAAAAUCAUUCAGACUUGGACAAUUCUAAAACUAAACUUAUUUUACUAUUAAAUUUUGAAUGCAAAGAAGAUGCGGUUCCAUUUCACAAAUUGUCACACAGAACUUUAUUACAAAUUUAUAAACGUACUAAAGAUGAUGAGCAAAAAGGAUAUUGUAAAAAUAGAUUAUAUUAUUUAUCAUCUAGACUUAAUUGUCCACCUAAACAACUUGCAGAACUGCUUCCUAAAAGAACAUUUUUAUAUAACUUAUCUUUUGAAUGGCUUGAAAAUUCUUUAAAUGUUCUCUUAGACUUUGGGGUGAGUCCAGACCGCAUAUUGAGAGAUUUGUGGGUUCUCAAAUAUCAUCAUGAAACUAUCAAUGAAAGACUAUUAAGAGUUAAAAAUUUAGGAAUAGAAAACCUUUAUCCAUGGAUGGUUAGAUGCACUGAAAAUAUUUUAAAUAGGUAUAUUGAAAUUUCACAACAAACAAAAAAUAUUCUUGGUGAAGAUGAAUCAACACAAGUAUAUUUAGCAAAGAGGCUGAAUAUUUCCCUUGAAGAGAUAGAAGAAAUAUGUGUAAAAAUACCAUCUCUCAAGACUAUAAGGGUUACAAAGCUAAAGCCCUUUUUGGACUUCCUAAUCAGUGAAGGAUUUUCGUUAGAAGAUAUUGCUCGAAAACCCAGAGUAUUAACUGCAUCCCAGAACACAGUAAAGCAAAGACUAGAUCAGCUGAGACAUUUGGGAUUGAAAUCGAUAAAUUUAAAUAUACUGUCCAGAGGUAGAAAAGACUUCAAAAAGUAUUAUACUUCCUUGCAAUCUGUCUUGCAAAACAAACAAAAUAGUUAA